ACCAUCCAUCAUAUAAAACCUGAAAAAAUAAAGAACCUGUCUGGGAGCGCUAAAUUCACUAUGGUUUUAGUAGACUAUAGAGUAGAGUAUAGAAAAAAUUAAAUUUAAUUUAUAAGAUCCUGUUUUAGAUAUUAGUGAAAGAAGCUUUCAGAAUAAUUAUUAAAAGUGGUGUAUAAUUACGCUUUAUGUAUAUGCUGUGAGAGAUCGCACAUCGUCACGUUUUCUUUCAUUGCGCACAAGUACUCUAGAAUGAAACUUUAGUAAUUAUUAUUGAUGGCAUAUCAAAUAAUUUAUAUAAUAUGUUCAAAGUACUCUGUGCUUACUGUUGAUAAAUAUAAAAAAAUAUAAAAUGUCAAAAAAUAGCGCGAAAGUCAAAACCUGUGAGGAAAAGCAGGAGGGCCGUGGGGGUUGAGGGCCAUAACUGGAUACUGGCCAAUGCUUAAUGCUCAUAUUUUGCUCAAUAAAUAGGUGCUCACUGCUCUGUGAAUCCAAUUUCCAGCUAAUAUAAACAUAAUUUGACUGUCGGAAGAGCACAAAUAGAAAAAAAAUUGUAAACAAUUUUCGACAGACACAAAGAUUUUGAAUUAAAGAAGGAAUAAUAAUGGAAGAAGAAAAUCAAGAAGGCCCUUUUGCAGUUUGGCAAAUGUUUAAUGCCCCUACGAUGGUUUUGUUUAACAAUCUAGAAGAUGCUGAAGAUGGUUUAGAUAGAUUACUCACUUCAAUCUUAAAACUUUCUGGGGAUUAUUCGGAGGUAUUAGUUCCAAGAAUAGGCUGCUCUAAAUGCCCUGACUCGUUUUAUUUUGCUUUUAAUACCUGGUUGCUUGGAAGAUUGUUCUAUGUUUGUUCAGUUAAAGAAUUGCAAAGAAUACAUAACAGCAGUAAAGACGCCCAGCUAAAAAUACUCCAAAUAUUGUGUAUGAAUAGAGCAUCAUUCUAUGAUGAUGUACAUCAGGAAUAUAUUUCAAUUUUAAACAGUCUUGUGAAAUAUUAUCAAGAUUAUGAGAAGGAUGUAAACACUGAAGUAUUAUUAAUGAAUUUUACCCCUGUCAAUGUAAAAAUAACACAAGUCCAACUAAACUUGGAACCAAUAUAUGUGUGUGUUAAAGAUAUAUCCGUGUGUAAACAUUUGAUUGAUAUAGUAUUGCAGUUGUUAUCUGAAAGUAUUGCACCUAACUUAAUAUAUUUGCAUAAAAAUAGGUCUGUGACAUUGGAUGUGUUCAAACAAGUAAUUAGUAUAUUGGAAAGUUAUAGUGCAGACUUAAAAUUAAUUUGUAUUAUUUUUUUUAUUACCUUGUUAACUAAAAUAAGAGAUGUAUCAAUUGUUGUUUUUCACAAAGAGUUUGGGGAAAUUCAAAGUCAAUUUUUACAUUUAAUAGAAGCAUUUGUUCAAAGCAUAGAUAUUUUGUAUAAGAAAGCUGAAAUUGAUGAUUUGUAUUUGACAAAGUUAAAUACUCAAAUAUCAUUAUUAAUAAAGACAUUAAAGUAUGAGGAGGGUUCAGACCAUGAAGAGUGUUUACAAAACAUAUGCGAAAUAAUUCUAGACAAAACUAGCAGUAAAUAUUUUUCAACGGAUGUCAGAAUGUUAUGUUUGUCUUCGAGUAAGAAAUUAAAGUUUUCAAAAGAAACAUUAGGAUUGAAAACCAGAGAUGCCCAGGAAAUUGGUGAAUUGUUGGAAUAUUAUUACAAAGAAAUACUAUCACAUAUUUUGAUUGAAGAUAAGAGAAGGGCUAAAAAGGGUAUUACAGAAAACUGGUACUACAAUCAAAUUAUAAGUGUUGUGAAUUCAGUAAAAUCUUGUGAAGAUGUCUUGGAUGUUUUUCUAAUGACAUAUCAUUUACAAAGAUGCCGAGCUGCCUUACUUGUAUUACAAUGCACAAAUAUUGAAUAUAGAAAAGAAAAAUGUGAUGGUCAGUGCAUUGAAUUAUUAAAUAAAGAAAAUGCUAAAUGUAUCCUACUGUCAUUAAAAAAAAUUAUAAAAUUACAACACAGAUUAAUUCUAAGUGAUAUGAAUGUUGUUCAAUUAAUUAUGGAGAUCACUUUGAACACAGUUCUCUUGGCCGAGUCAUUUAUAAAGGAAGAUAUGAAUUUAAUAUUACAAAUAUUAUGUUUGCAGACUAAUGCACAAUACUCUGAAUACAAUUUCCCUUUUAAAGAUAAUGUUAAAUGUUUGAUACUGAAAUAUUUAUUAAUUCAUAAAGUUUAUUUAAAGAGCACAAUAAAUGAUUUGUGGAAUAAUAUUGCAAACACGCUUUACAGUUCAUUAUAUAUGAACAAGUCUCUAUAUGUGCCAAUCAUAGAAUUGUCACCUCUGAUACUAGCAACUAAAAUGAUAUCAACAAGCAAAUUAAUUGGUGAUAUUUUAAUGCCUGCUUUCCUUACAAAGGAUGUAGAAAUUCAAAGAGCUGUAUCUGAUAUUUUGCCAGCUAUUGUUUGUAUGUCAUUAUCAUCCUACUGUAUUAUUGUAAAUAAUACAAUUUUUGGACACAGAAUUAUUUUAAAUGAUCAUAUUAAUAUAAGUCUCUUAUGCCAUCAAUGUCAUUCUAAGAAAAUACACUAUGAGAAGAGUGAAGAUUUUUUAAAAUCAAUUGGAACUAAACAUAUAGAACUUCAUUCAGAAAGCAAUUCAAUUGCUAUGAAUAAUAAAUCCAUGAUAAAUGGUUUGAAGAGUUUGUUUGGAAAGUUUCUCAAUUAUCAGCACUAUUCAGAUUUAGAUGUUUCCAAAUACUGGAAUCUUGUUGGUCAGUUAAGUAAUCAUUUCUUUGUGUUUGAUUAUGGAGUCUCUAGGAAUGUGAUAACCGAAGAAAAUAUCAAAUAUGUAUUAAAAGCUUUGAGACCUUUUAUUGAAAAUUCUCAUGAGAAUGAAGACUCUGCGGUCACUGCCACUAAAGAAACUGUAUUUAAUAUGUGCAUCAACUUACUCUUGAAAUCUACCCAGCAAAGCUUGGAAAAUAAUGACUUCAUUCAACAGUGUCAAACUUUAGACUGCAUUAAAGAUUUUGGCAUGAUUCAGAAUAGCAAAGUCAUACUUCCUAUAACAAAACUUCUAGUUUACUUUAUAAUGCAUCCUCAAUGUUCUCUCGCUCCGAAAGCCGUAGUUUACCUUCGAGAUGUGUGUGAAUAUCAAGGGCUAACUCCCAAUCAAGCUUACCAUCGAUACAAAAAGGAUUACUGCCGACUUUUUGUUGCUUGUAGUCUCAAUAAUGGCAAAGAUUUCGCAAUUGCCCUCUUGAAAGUUGUCAGAGCCUUUGGAUUCGUUGGAUAUAGAGAUUUUAUUUCUAAGGAUGUUCAUCAUUUCCUACCUUAUCUGAUGCCCUAUUGUGUAACUGUAAAAGAGGUGCCACUUAUGAUAGAGGAAAUUGCAUCAUUAGUCCAGUGUUCGGUAUCUGACUUCCUUGUAGAGAGAUUUCCGCAUAUUUAUGUGCAUGUUUAUUUAACGGAGAAUAACGAUGUUUCUAGAAAAUGCUAUGAUAUCAUUGAAAAAUUGACGAAAACGUCAAUAUUAAGUCUGAUCAAACGUCAUUUCAGGGUGAUCCUCACAGAAUUUCUUUUACAAUAUUGUUGUAGCCCAGAGAAGGUUUUGAACGCAUGCAGAUAUUUAGCUUGUCAUGAUCCUGAUGUUUCUACUCCACAAGGAAGCAUGAGUAUGAGUACCACGCAAAUAGCCGACUUCUUGAAUCCCAAAUUCCUCGGAGUCCUAGCCUAUUUCGAUCAUAAAUUGGUCAACACGAAAGUAGCAUUGUCUGUUAAACGUAAAGCUUUGAAAAGUUUCCCGGACAUGAUGCAGUUGAUGGGCGUGAAAUAUUUAACGCCGCUGCGUUUUAAAGUAUUGGCUACUUUGAGAUCUGCUUUACCCCUCGCUAAGGAAUUUCCGAAAAUCCUUGCGGAAGCCUGGAGUGCCUUUAUACAUAAUAUUGAUAGCAUAUCUCUAGGCCCGCUAUUGCCAAAUCUUGCCGUUUCGUUGCUUCAACAAUUCCAAUAUGCGCCGCAAGAAAUAAAUAAAAUUUUUCAUUACCUUGUACUCAAUAACGAAAAUUUGUUGAGUUCUCAUAUAUCCGAAUUAUUUUUCGUUGAAGAUUCCAAAAUAUCAGAAAAAGUUAAAAUGGUCAUAAGGAGGCAUGUAAAGCGAACUCAGCCUGAUGCUUUUUUGGAUAAGAUCCGAUGGUACUUACAGCAUUUGAAUCAAGAUAUUCCAAUUAUAAAGGCGUAUUCAUUUUCUCAAUUGGAUAUCUUGUUAAAGGCAAAUAGAACAGAGUUACACAAGGCUAUUUUUGGCGGGAAAAACAUUGAUCCCGUGAUUGUUGAACUGAUCGAUUGUCUACUAAUUGGUUGCAAAGAUUCGAACAUGGAAGUGAGUUCCUCCAGUGGAGCGUGUUUGGGCCAACUCGGUGCGAUAGAGGCGGGUCAUCUUCCGAGGCAAUAUGUCCAACCGGAUCGCUCGCCUUUCGCAUUCUCUAUAAGUGAUAAUUGCUUCGCUGCGACUGCUCUUAUGGAACUUACUAGAGCUUUCCAGUACGAGAAGGAUACCAUGAACAUGGACUGCUAUGCUCUAACUAUUCAAGAAAUAUUGAAAAUAUACGAUAUUUCGCCGACGGGAAGCAAGAAAGAAGUAUGGAAUAGUUUUCCGGAAAACAUGCAUCAAAUAAUGUAUCCAUUGCUGAGUUCAAGAUACACAUUGGCGUAUCCAUCACAGCCUAAGAAAGCGCAUCCAUUGUUUGGUUCCGUUUAUGCAACAACGUUUUUGGAAUGGGCUCAUAAUUGGGCAGGUCAAUUGAUUCCCCUGAUAGAAUCCGACAGUAUCCGCGAGUUGCUGAGAACAGUUCACCCGAGCAUGCGUCGUGACGUCAGAACAUUGUUUUUGUUCCUACCCUAUGUUUUGCUCCACGCUGUCAUGUCGAAGAACAACGUACAAUACAUACAGGAAGAGAUGAUGGCUGUUAUUGAUACAAGUGUAGAUAAUUAUGAAAAUGAAGUGGCAGUUAUAAGUGAGAGAUCAAAAUAUAAAAUGUUAAGACACAUCAGAAUGACACCUAAUAUUAGUUCUAUUCAGACUGAAGAAGGGAAUCAGAGUAAAUGUAGCAAGACUGUUUAUACCCUAUUAGACUUUUUAAAUAGAUGGCUCUUGGAAUGGAUGCAUUCCAAACAAAGACCUUUAGAGAAUGAAAAUUACAAGGCGAUAUUAAAGUUUACCCAAAAAUUCGAUAAACUAGCAAUAGCCAGAGGGAACUUCACAUGUGGUGAACUGGAGAGGGCCUUGCAAUACCUUGAGCUGUAUAUGGACGAAGACAAGGCGAGAGUUCAAGGUCAAUUGCCCUUUUUAGCUGAAAUAUAUGCUUUGCUUGAUGAGCCGGAUUCAGUAGCAGGUAUUUUAUCAAUUAAACGUUCUGAGCCGUCUCUAAAGGAACUGAUUCUUACGCAAGUUGUGACAGGCCGCUUACAAGACGCAGCGUUGUGUUACGAGCGGUUAGCGCAAGAAGGACAGUUAGAUAAACAUAGCUUGCAGGGUAUGAUAGAUUGUUAUCUAGGAUUAGACCAACCCUUCACGGCGUAUCGUCUGUUAAGCGAACAGGAAAUAGAUGAUACUAUGAAGGAAUUAUCGGCCGAGCCUCUGUGGAGAUUGGGACGAUUUGAACAACUUGAUGAAUUGGUUAACAAGCCUGUUCCUCCUUCCCGAGAAAACUGGGGUCUAUUAAUGGGUAGGAUAUUGCUCGCAUAUCGGAAGCAAGAUCACGAUAUCUUCAGAGAAUCAUGUUCAGAUGCAAUGAACAGGCUUCUUCAGCAAAUGGAUGGAGAGACUCGCGGUGAAAGUGCCUUACGGAGUGGCUACCAGAGUGUAUUGGGAUUGCAUAUUAUAUCUGAAGCUGGACAUGCUGAGGAAACAUUGAGGAGACUCAUGUCCUUGCGCGACGGUGAUCGUCAAAGUGAAGAAAUAAUUAGUCAAUUGCUGAGCGAAUGGCGGCAGAGGCUGUCGGUGGUGCAAUCAGAUGUUAGAACUGUAGAGCCGUUACUGCGGCUCAGGCGAAUAUUACUGCAACAGACACAGGAAUUGUUGGAGCCAACACAUCCUUCAACAAGCAAUAAAUUACGAACAUGCAUUGGCGAUCUAUGGUUACAGAGUGCGAAACAAGCUAGAAAAGCUGGUAUUUUACAACAGUCGUAUAUGUACAUAUUAAACGCAGAAGAAUAUCAACCGGAGCAGUUAUUUAUUGAAAAAGCGAAAAUGUACUGGGCUCGCGGGCAACAGGAACACGCAUUCACCACACUUCGAAGGGGGUUGGAUGAUGCUUAUCCACAGUUAGAGACUCUUACCCUUGAACAGAGAAAAAUAUGUGCUAAAGCAAAAUUGUUAAUCGCGAAAUAUAAUGAUGAAACCACUAACGUGGACGUCGAUGUCAAUAUUGGAUAUUAUAAAGAAGCAGUUGAUGUUUUUAAGCAAUGGGAGAAAAGUUUGGUAUGUCUAGGUUCUUAUUACGAGAAAGUUAGCAGUGGGGAGGUGGCAAGUGAUAGUGGGGCUAUGUGGACACGACGCAUAUACGCGCUCAAUAGCUAUGGGAAAGCAUUACAGUAUGGACAUAAGUAUUUGUACCAAAGUAUGCCGAGGAUGCUGUCUAUAUGGUUAGACGUAGAGGUAACGUCAUCGGACACGAGCAUACACUCAGUACUUGCGCAAAUGACGGAGAUAAUAAAGACUUACUCAGAGAGGCUACCCAUUUAUCUAUAUUUGACUGCUUUCUCGCAAAUCGUGUCCAGGAUUUGUCAUCCGGUGAAAGAAGUUUAUCUUCAACUUAAAGCUAUCAUAGUUAAAUUGAUAAUGGCUUACCCCCAACACACGUUAUGGAUGAUGAUGUGCGUCAUUAAAUCCAGCUAUCCGCAACGUAUCAAGCGUUGUGCGGAUGUAUUCGCGGAUCCAAGGCUAAAAGAGCCCCACAUGUUGAAACUGGUGUGUGACUUCACACAAUUGGCUGAAAAACUGAUUGAAUUAUGCAACAAACCCAUUGCUGGCACCGGUUCUACGACUACAGUAUCUUCACUCGUUCGUACUUUACCCCGUCUCUUAGCUACAGAGAACUUCAGUCACAUCAUGAUGCCCUUCCAAGAGUUCUGUAAAAUAAUUCUACCCUCGAAAGCUGCGAGGCAAGAACGUAUCGACUUCAAUAUACCAACAGACCCGCCGGUGUAUAUAGCUGGUAUUGAGGAACAAAUACAGAUAUUACCGUCUUUGCAGAAACCUAGGAAGGUUACUUUGAAAGGUUCAGACGGCAAGUCGUACAUAAUAAUGUUGAAACCCCGCGACGAUUUAAGAAAGGACUUUCGUCUAAUGGAAUUUAACACAGUCGUGAACAGAUUCCUACAAGAUGCACCAGAGACUCGUCGCCGCAGACUUUAUAUACGCACGUAUAGCGUUUUGCCGCUGAACGAAGAAUGCGGCCUCAUUGAGUGGGUGCCUAAUCUCGUCGGCUUGAGACCUGUUUUGAUGCAUAUUUAUAAACAAAAAGGUAUUCACACAAGUAAUCGCGAGUUAAAAGAAAUGAUGUGCCUCAACAAAGAUCCCGUGGAGAAAAAGCGUCGUAUCUACGAGCAACAGUUGCUUCCAAGACAUCCACCGGUUUUCCAAGAGUGGUUCCGAAGAGUGUUCUCUGAUCCAUAUGGAUGGUACCAGGCACGUUCAGCUUAUAUAAGGACAACAGCUGUUAUGUCAAUGGUUGGAUACAUUUUAGGUCUCGGCGACAGGCACGGCGAGAACAUAUCGUUCGACUCGACGAACGGCGACACGGUGCACGUGGACUUCAACUGCCUGUUCAACAAGGGCGAGGCGUUCGAGUGGCCCGAGCGCGUGCCCUUCCGCCUCACGCACAACAUGGCCGCCGCCAUGGGGCCGCUCAUGCACGAGGGCAUGUUCCGGAAGAGCUGCGAGGCGGUGAUGCGGGCGCUGCGCGCGCAGACGGCGGGGCUGAUGUCCGUGGUGGGCCCGUUCGUGUACGACCCGCUGGUGGCGUGGGGCCGCGCGCGCGCCGCGCCCGACGCCGCCGAGCGCACCAACGAGCAGGCGCUGCACCACCUGCUGCAGAUACGCCACCGCCUCAACGGGAUGGUGAAAACGAAAAACAAACAGCUGUCACUUUCGCUCUCACCGGAAGGUCAAGUGGAGCAUCUCAUUGUAGAAGCGACGAGCGUACAUAAUCUAUGCCAGAUGUAUAUUGGAUGGGGGCCGUUCUUGUAGAUUCUUUUGUACGCGAAAUGUGCUUUAAUGUGAUUUUAGAUUUAAGUGUAAUAAAGAUUCUCUAUGAG